AUGAAUUUUUUUAUAGGUGUAGUUUCAUACCUUUCCAUCGGCAAGAUCGAAAGCUUGUUUCAAUACCCAAUAAAGGGCUUCGGCGGAGAGGCGCUGCCUUUGGUGAAGCUGAAGCCAUCGGCGACAUUCCCAAACGAUCGACAGUUUGCGCUCUUGAAAAAAAACGAUGUCACAACAUUCGACCCCGAGAACCCAGUGUGGCUGCACAAAGCAAAUUUUCUAUGCACGUUUACAAACCCUGAGCUGUUGUCCACCUAUGAGAUCUCAGUCUUCAAAGGAAAUGAACGUCUCGAUCUCGAUCUUUUCGACCGGGCUUCAGGAGAGCAGGUAUUGCCGACAAUCAACAUGUCCACUGAAUGUGGAAGGCAAUCAUUUGCAUCAUUUUUCUCAGAGAAAGCCAACACUCCAUUGACUUGCGUCACUGCUAAAAACCAUCAGUUUGGGAAUACAUCGAGUAGUUGGAAACGUAAAAAGGAUACAAGAACAGUCCAUAUCGUCAACAAAGCAACGGUCGAGGAGCUCUCAGAAGCUUUCGGGGUGAGGCUAUAUGCAUCGAGAUUUCGUCCAAAUAUUGUAGUCGAUGGUCCACCGGCAUGGUCCGAGUGGGACUGGAUUGAUAAAGAGAUUCUUCUCGGUUCGGUGAAGAUGAAGGUGAUCUCAAAGACGGUUCGAUGUGAUGGUAUCAGUGUUGAUCCUCUAGACCAUAAGAACGUCCUCGAUAUCCCAAACUUACUGGUGAAACAUUUUCCACAACAUGGGCCAUAUCUUGGUGUGUAUGCUACUGUCGAGGAGGGGGGCACAAUAAAAUUGGAGGAUGACUUGUCUAUUACUUGA